AUGACCACGGACCUAGGCAAACUUGACGAUUUGCUAAAAGAUCAGCCGUACGUCUCUGGGUUGGUUUUUGUUUUAAAUUUAUUUUACUCAAAAACUUUGCAUCUAUUUGCUGUUCAAAUAUGGAAAUUUAGGUACACACUUUCGGAGCACGACUUUGAAAAAAAGAAAUCAGUGAAAACAUCUGAUUUAAAAGGACGACCUCACCUUACUCGCUGGUUCCAUCAUAUUUCAAGCUUCCCUGAAACUCCAUCGAAAAGGUUCAAAAAGUAAUUUUUAAGUCUUUCAUUUUUAUAAUUUCAGUACUGAAAAAAUGACUGUGGGAAACGAGGAAAACCUGCCGCAACGUAUUUUGGAGCUGUUGGACUCUAGCAAAGAGGUUCACACUUUUUCUAAAAGUAUUUUUAAAAAAGAAAUGAUACGUGAGAUAUUAAAUUACUGUGAAUCACCUAGAAAAAAGGUUUUUCAACCACAGUAUUGACUUUUCGCAUCACCAGUUCAGAAAUAAAGUAGCAAUCAUCUGAAAGGCUUUUUUAGAACUUCAACUCAAUUUUCAGGGGUUUAACUCAAUCACGCUUGCUGCAGAAUGGAAAAUUGAUCAUCAAAAGCUGAUUGGAGGCAUUAAAAGUUUACUGAGCAAUGAGAGGGUUUUUUAAUUUUUGUUUUGCCUAAUAAGUUGUUCGAAUUUAGCUCUUGACGACAAAAGAUGUUUCUGAAAACCGUCUGGCGCUUACAGCUGAAGGAAAUCAGAUUGCAAGCGAAGGAUCCCAUGAAUUCCGCGUUUUCGAGUUGGUUGGAAGUGAUGGAUGCGCACAGGCUGACGUCGCGGUUUCAAAACGGAAAAAAAUGUAAAUGAAUUUAGUAAAUUUAGAAACAAUCUUUUGGAAAGCUCGGUUUGAGCAAAGCGAUGGCCGCCGGAUGGGUUUCUUUGGACAAAAGUGGCGCAGGCGUUCGAGUGGUCUGUGUAUAUUUUUUGUUCUCAUUUUUGCUGGGAGAAAAACCUUGAAAAAAGCUUUUACUUGAAAAUGAGAAAAAAAAAAUCUAGAUGAAACCUUGAGUUAGAAGGUUUUUGGCCAUAAGUGAGAUUUUUUACAAUACCGAAUUAAGGUAUAACUAACCUGGUAAAUCAGUUUACUAGUUAGAUUGAUUUGUUGAGAAAAAAAUAUUUACUUCCAGCCAUUUUCAAUUCAAAAAAGCAAAAAUAUGAAUUUAUUCGACAAUUUCAUGUAAAUUUUGAAGAUUCGCAAAGUUCAAGAGGUCGAAGACGUAGUCCGAAAACAAUUGGAUGCUCUGAAAGUUGGAGAAUCGCCAGUUGGAGACAAGGAGAAGCAGGAACUCAAAAAGAGAAAGCUUAUUUCUGAGACGUUCGUUUUCAUUUCUUUUUAAAGGGCUCAAGUGUUUUUUAUAAAUUUCAGAGUUGUGAAAGGACUUCAUGUAUCCAAAGGCCCUGCCUUCACCACAAAUCUGGCAAAACAAGAAGCCGAUCUGACACCGGAAAUGAUUGCGAAGUUGGUGGUUCUUCAUUUAAAAAUACAUUUCCAUGUUCAGCGGAUCCUGGAAGGAUAAAACUUUCAAAAAGUACAACUUUGAUUCACUUGGCGUGGCACCGGCCAGCGGACAUUUGCACCCUCUCAUGAAGGUUUUUUUUGCAAGUAUGAAUUGAAUCUUUUUGAUAUCGAGGUCCGAAGCGAGUUCCGACAAAUCUUCUUCUCUAUGGGUUUCUCUGAAAUGCAAACCAACAAAUAUGUGGAGAGCUCUUUCUGGAACUUCGAUGCCUUGUUCCAGGUUCAAAAUAUAUACCAAUGCAGCUCAAAAAUGAUAUUUUCCAGCCUCAACAACACCCGGCUCGUGAUGCUCACGACACUUUCUUUGUUUCUGGUUUUAUCUUUUAUCUUCUAUUGUUUAUAAUAUUCAAUUAAAAUUUGUUUUCAGAUCCCUCGGUCAGCACAAAGUUCCCUGCGGAUUACCUGGAGAAGGUGAAAACCGUGCAUUCGAAAGGAGGUUUUGGAUCGAUUGGGUUGGUAUAAUUAUUUCUAUACAACGGGGAAAAAAAGGUAUUCAGUUAUAACUACGACUGGAAAUUGGAAGAGGCGCAGAAAAAUGUCUUACGAACACAUACGACGGCAGUAUCAGCCCGACAGCUGUACCAGUUGGCUCAAGAAGUUUGUUAAUCCAAUAAAAAGGAAAUUGAGAAUUUCCGAAAAGAAAGUAGCGUACAAUACCUAGAUGGAAUCUAAUUGAGAAAAAAUUUCUCAAUUGGAAGAAAAGGAAGGAGAUAAUAUAAAGUUCUCUGAUUUAUCCUUUCUCUCCGGAAUUUUCCCAUCCACUUCAAAACUGGAAAAUAGGAAAUUUUACAAUGCGUUUUUCUCUAAAAUAAUUAGAAACUUGAAAAAAAAAAGAUUUUGGGAAAAUACGCCAGAAAAAGUUGAUGAAUUUGAAUGAGUCGCUAUGUAGAGAAGGUAGUGGAAAAACUUAUUUCAAAAAUAUAUUUCUUUUUUCGACGAUUUUUUUUAGAAUCUCACACAAAUAAUCGAAAGUAAUAAAGAUUUUUUUAACAGGAAUUUCACGAAAAGCUAAAAGUAAUUGAGAUAUUCGUACUAAAUUCUUCUGAUACCAACUAAAGAAAGGAAAUUUGUUACUGACCAAAAGGAAAUACUUUUCUUUCACUCAAUUUUUUGCGUACAUUCGCGGAAAUCACUUUUUGGUCAAAAAUGAUCGAUUUUCCAGGGGUUCAAGCCCUCGAAGCUGUUCUCAAUCGACCGUGUCUUCCGAAAUGAGACGCUCGACGCGACGCAUCUCGCCGAGUUUCACCAGGUCGAAGGCGUCAUCGCCGAGAGAAAUCUCAGUCUUUCUCAUCUCAUCGGCAUCUUCACGGAGUUCUUCAAGAAGCUCGGUAUCGUUUUCCCUGUUUUGUGAGAAAAAAUUCGAUAAUGCAGGAAUAACCAAUCUACGAUUCAAGCCAACCUACAACCCCUACACUGAACCUUCCAUGGAGAUUUUCGCCUAUCACGACGGUUUGGCCAAAUGGGUCGAGGUAAUUUUUUGCGAAAAUUCAGGAGAACAAAUUCAAAAAAAAAUGCAAAGUUUUCUCUAGGUAACGACGAAAUAGUGUGUGACGAUGUUUUGGCGCCCCAUUUCAGAGCAACGCUAAAAAAAUGAAGGGAAAAAUAGAUAAAGAUAAAGUUUUCCACGUUGAUCACAUCGUAGGAAGUAGGAUCCCAAUAUUAAAAAUUUAGAAAUACUAUUCACUCCGAAAGUUUUGAAAUUUACGUUAAUGAACAACCAAAAUUAUCUUCUCAGAUUGGAAAUUCGGGAAUGUUCCGCCCAGAAAUGCUUCUACCCAUGGGUUUGCCAGAAGACGUCAACGUCGCCGGAUAUGGUCUUUCCCUAGAAAGGUGCUAAUUUUUUGAUAAUUUGAUAUUUAUUAAUGUUUCAGGCCGACGAUGAUCCGCUACGGCAUCAACAACAUUCGCGACAUGUUCGGCCCGAAAGUCGACCUCCAGAUGAUCUACAACGGGCCGAUUUGUCGCUUGGAUAGGAAAUAAUCGUCCCUGAUCCAUCAAUCAGUUAUUGCUUGUUGUUGUUAUUAAUAUUUAUCAUAUUUUUAAAUUGCGUUUAUUUAUAAAAUUUUAUGGGAUUUUCUUCUUGUUUUCCGUGUUGAAGUUUGAGGAAAUCGCGAAGGCUUUCACUUCAAAGUUUAUUUGUGACAAAUUUCUAUGAAUUUUAAAAUUUUAAUUAUUCUUACCAAACGUUUCAAAAAAAUUUGUGUUGAGAUUGGUUUUUGUAUUAUUUUUUUUCUUUUUUCGAUUAAUAUUCUUUUCUCGGCAAGAUUUUCAAGAACCGAACGGAGAAGAUGUAAAAAGUUUUUUAAAAAAAAGCAGACCGGGAUAAUUAACUUGAUAUAAAGGUGUUGUUCAGAUGCAGUUCGAGGAGUACACUAGAGAUGAAUUUUAUGAUCAAAUAGUAGUUUACGAGGCUCCUGGGGUUCCUGCGAGGAAUGACUUCGUGACUUUGGAAGCUCAAUCCUCAGUUCCCAGAAGCACACACGAAGAAAUUCCUUUCAAGGAAUGGAUCGAAAUGAUCAAGCCGUGUUAUUCGGAGUGCAAAUACUUGAAAGCUCUCGAAAAGUCCUACGAAGAAGAACUCGAAGGCGCUUCGAUGGAAACUGUCAGACUUCUGUUGUGAGUUUUUUUGUAAUACUGAAAAGUUCGCUCGAAUGGCGCAAUAUUUGCGCGGCAUUGCAAAGUUUUCAAAUUUAUUUCCUGUUUCAAAUUAUUUUCUGGAAAUUUUUCUUCGUAGGCAAAAAUUCGAGUUCAUUAUGUUUGGCCCCAGCUUGUCCCGAUUCUUUCAAGCUACAGGAGAAUUUUCUUUGAUGCUCCUGUUUUGUGCAUGCGCUUUCAAUUCAGCUCAAAAUUAACAUAAUUCCGAUUGCGCAUACACAGAGACAGACGGACAGCCUAGAAGAAGAGGGUUCCGAAGUUCGGAGAAAGGAAAAAUCGUGACAAACUGACGCGGAUUGGGCUAAAGGAAAAGGUUUAUGCUCAUUGGGCAACAGAAAGUACAUUGAAACAGUAUUUAUAUUUUUCAAACGAAUUCGAGAUAUUUACUAUUAUUCAGGUUGAUUGAAGGAAUGUGCGAUGAUGUUUAUACAGAUAUUGGCAAGAAAGCGUUGGCGAAACUUCUCAGCAACGGGGUCAAUGGUUUGCAGGACGAAGCGGAGCGGAGGGCGAUUGAGGAUGUAAUUUUUAAUUUUUUUUUUCCCUAAACUAUUCGGAUGAUCUCUUGUUGAAUAAAUAUUGAUUUCAGCUCCAAGGAACCGAUUGGUCCGACGCAGACGAAGAAGCAGAGAAGGAAAACUUUGAAACUGAUCAUUUCGAUAUGAAUCGCACAAUUUAUCAAAAUUAG